AUGGCGCGAGGAGCGCUUGCAAGCCUCGUCGCCCUCUGUCUGCUGGGCUCGAGCUCGAGUGUGAGCUCGUCCUACACGCUCAACGAUGGGACAGGGAGGACGAGCGAUGGUAACAUCCUGUACAUGUGGGGGAGGAACAACGUUGCGCAACUCGGGGUUGUCUCAUGCGUGCAAGACACAAGGUUCUUCACCUUCUCGUGCCUCCCUGAUACAGUCGACCGGUCGACACCCUCUGCUUGCCCGCUGCUGGGAUACUCCAAGGUUCUGAAUGCCAGUCUGGGCAACACCGUCUCCUUCGUGCUGCUUGCCGAUGGCAGCGUGUACUCAUGGGGGGAGGGGCAGUACUUGGGAGUGGAGACAAGCGAGCUGUACACCGGGGUACCGAACCUCGUGGAUGGACUAGCGGGAACGAGGAGGAUUGAAGUCGGUUACACGAGCACACUCGCAUCCUUUGCUCCUCGCCAGGGGAACAUCAUCGAGUACGAUGACUUCCAGAACUUUCACAGCGACUUCAGCUUCGUUGGGGAUGCACAGCCCUCGUUCUCGCCUCCUCUUGACUGCCCAAGAUGCGUUGCAUGGGAGAAGUCGAAAGCUCAGCCUGUAGGGUUUGCACCCAUCACAGGGUACAAGUGUCAGGCUCCACUAUGGGGAACUCUAUCCAACCCCUGGUGUGCGAGUCAUAAGUGCUACGUCGGGAGCUUUGCUUCGGCUCCUUGCAAGAAUGCCAUACAGGCGGGUCCCGUGCCGGGUGAGCCCGGGAUGUUCUAUUUCCUCACAGAGUGCGUUGACAACGGCAGAGUCCAUCUCACUCCCUAUCCCCCGGAGCCGAACAAGAGAGGAUGCCUGUGGUACAACCGGCCUGUAGAGGUCUUCUCUGCUUUCACCUCCACGUUCCGCUUCGAGAUCGAGGGCUCGGAGCUCGACGCAACGCAUGGAGGAGGAGACGGCAUUGCCUUUGUAAUGCAGAACGAGGGACCAACAGCAUUGGGAGGGAGCGGCAAUGUGUGA